AUGAAUGCUGGUACUGAAACUGAAACGAUAAUGACCAGAGGACCUAUUAAGGAACCAGAUAUUUCAGGUCUGGCCCAAAAACCAAAUGUGGUUAUAGAAGGUUCCACUGGGCCAACCAUGGAGGAGUUUUCCCUUGUGAGAGAUAAGCUUCACUCUAAGAAGAAUGUCAUAGAAUAUGAUCGAAUAUUGACCAAGAAAGAUCAACCUCUCAUGAUUAGAGGUUCUACCCUUUUUCAAUCAUCAAGACAUGUCACUCAAGUUCUAUCUAUAAAGUCAUUGCCAAAUAGUCUCUUGUCAUGGGGACUAAAUGAGAAGAAAAACAAAGAUAGAACCCCAGUUUGUUCAGCUAAAGUUUCUGGCAACCCUGAGGAUCCUUUAGAACAAGAAAUACAGGAGUGCAAGGUAGAAGAGAAAGGGAUAAAGGAGAUUUUUCAUGCUUUAUCCCGCAAUGGUCCUUCCGAAACCUUGAAGAUAAAGGUUGCUGAAGUUGGGAAGACGAGGAAAAGGCGGAAUACCAGAAAGGAUCAGUUGUUUGUGGAGGUUCCCGAAUCGAGAUCCUUUCUAGAUACGGUGACACUGUCGAUGGUUCUUUCGGCCGUAGCUGGAAUUGCAGUUUUUGCGAAGCUGCUCAUGAUGCAUGAUGAAUCUAGAUCCCAGGAAAUGAUUGAGCAGAAGAUAAAGAAUGCUCCUCCUGGUCAAGGCGCGGUCAGGAUGCUUACUCGUGAGGAGUGGGAAGAAAUUAGAGAAGUCAGACCAAGAACUCCUUUCGAAUCCGAGCUUGCUCGUCCAAAUGCAAAAACUAGAACAAAGAACCGACUUGAAGAUUGGACAAUCGAUGUUCUAACAGACGCAGUUACGCGAGCUGAAAACUGUUUGAAAUACAGGUAAAACCGAUAUCAUGUGAGACGACUUCGCCAU